CAAACACGAAGAACCGCCAUCUUUCUUUGUAACGCGUCUGUAGGGAAAAAUAACAACCGAUUUGAAUUGUUAUUUCUGCAAAAUAGAGCUAUUACAGCAACUCAGCUCCACCUGAUAUAAUACCUAGCACGUUUGAGAAGGAGUUUGUGUGAUUUUAUUUUAGAUAGUGCUCAUAUUUACGUUAAAAAUCACAUUAGUUUGGUGUAACCGUUGGACUAACAGAGGUAGUUAUCAUGGGCCGCUCUCGGAGCCGCAGCUCAUCCCGGUCUAAACACUCAAAAAGCAGCAAGCACAGCAAGAAACGGAGCCGGUCUCGGUCACGGUCCAGAGACAGGGAGAGGUCCAAGAAGCGGUCCAAGUCCCGAGAGUCGAAAAGGAGCCGUCGCAGAGAUUCUCGCUCCCGUUCCCGGUCAACCACAGCCUCGUCCCGCAGAGAGAGAGCAGCCUCGCCGCCGGAGAGGAUCGACAUCUUUGGGAGGACGCUGAGCAAGAGAAAUGCGCUGGACGAGAAGCAGAGGAAAGAAGAGGAAGAGAGAAGGAUAGAGAUGGAAAGACAGAGGAAAAUUCGGCAGCAGGAGAUCGAGGAGAAGCUGAUCGAAGAGGAGACAGCGCGGCGAGUGGAGGAGCUGGUGGCCAAGCGAGUGGAGGAGGAGCUUGAGAAGCGGAAGGACGAGAUCGAGCGGGAGGUGCUGCGGCGUGUGGAGGAGGCGAAGCGCAUCAUGGAGCGGCAGCUGCUGGAGGAGCUGGAGAGGCAGCGGCAGGCCGAGUUGGCAGCUCAGAAGGCCAGAGAGGAGGAAGAAAAAUCUAAGCGGGAGGAGCUGGAAAAAAUCCUGGAGGAGAAUAACCGCAAGAUCGCCGAGGCUCAGGCCAAACUGGCCGAGGAUCAGUUGCGUAUUGUGGAGGAGCAGAGAAAGAUUCACGAGGAGCGCAUGAAGCUGGAGCAGGACCGUCAGAGACAGCAAAAGGAGGAGCAGAAAAUCAUCCUGGGAAAGGGCAAGUCCAGGCCCAAGCUCUCCUUCACCCUCAAGGCCACCGAAUGAGACUGCUCCCUCUGCGUCCUGCCUUCAUCCCUCAUCCAGCUCUCCCUCCUCAUCACCCAGCCCCCUCUCCUCCUCUACAGAACGAUCGCUUCGUUUUGGAAGUGCUGAUGGAAGGCCGAGGAAAAGGGGGUGUGACCCGGCGUGAAAACGAGCCAUGUUGUUCCAGCCGGCCUUGGAAGAGGAGGCUGUUCUUAUCCCCCUUGAAUGACCUGACUGCUCCCUCCAUCCCUCCUCUCCACACAGAAGACUCUUGUUUGUGCUUUUUUCUCGGUUUUAUUUUUUAGGGAACUUGAACUUUUGAUGUAGAAUGCUAUAACAUGUCCCCACAGUCUUAACUCCGGUGUAACAGCGAGUAUCUGUGCGCCUGUGCUCUUCUUCUUACAUGUCUUUACAGCCAGCAAACUACAAUAGACGUCAGUCCCUGAUAUAGACGAUUAUGUGUGACUCUGUCUAGCUCAGCUUACUGUAACGCUCAUGUGCAGCUUGGGAGUCGUCCUGUGGUUUCCUGUUUUGAUUUCUUUUUAAAGUAAGGUCUCCAAAGUGGCUGUCGCAGCCGUUAAAAGCACAGUUAACUUCCCGUCCAAUUGAAAGACUCGUGUCUUCCACCGUCUUUACUUCUGUAACCCUCAUCUUUAAAUUAAUAGCUCCAGCUUUGUUGCUUUUUAUGUUUUUAAUAAAUUACAAAGUUGUUUA